UGGAAUGAUAAGCAGACGGAAAAGUUGGGAUAUGACAACAUUUAUUUCUGUAGUACAUUUUCAUACACAAGAUUCAGCUCAAAGUGCUUUAAAGGAUGUCUACAUGAAAAAAGGAAAAACGAGAACAUGUUGUUGAUAUAAAACUAGUUACUGUGAGUACUGGUUAAAAAGCCAGCGAGUGUGAAUGGGCAGGUACUGCUGCGCUGGGAACGGAGGCGACGGCCACUGGGUAGCUCGACACGCGGCGGUGCACAGGACUGCAUCUUUUGAGGGGUGAACAGUUAUGUCAGAAGGAUCAUCUGGGGAUCCUGGCACCCCUGGGGGAUGCCGCCCUUCACUGUCCUUGGGGAGAGGACUUUUAGGCAGGAGACCAUCUGUUCCUAACACUUCCAACCGAUUGCCCUCCAUACGUUCCCGGGACCUCACCCUAGGAGGAGUUAAAAAGAAAACCUUCACUCCAAAUAUCAUUAGCCGCAGAGUGAAAGAGGAAGCCAAAGAUGAUGAAUCUCGGAAGAAGCAAGCGAAGGAGCGAGAUCGAGAUCGUCUGAGAGAAGGCAGGGGCCGGGGCCGUGGCCGAGCAAAUGUUAUCCAGUCUCACUCCAUUUUUGAGCAAGGCCCAUCAGAGAGCAUGGUCAGAAAAAGAGGAGAGUGGGACAGUACAAAAGAUGUUCCCAACAUGGGUCCUUCACCUAUCAUCAACAUCAAAAAAGAGAAGCGAGAGACUGAAGAAGAGACCAAGGAAAUUCUCCGCAUGCUUGAGAGAGACAAUUUUCUGGAUGAUCCCAGGUUGCACAAUGAUAUUCGCAGUUGCCCUGUCCAAUUGCCCCUGGCAGUUUCAGGGUGGCUUUUCAAAGAAGAAUCCAAAGAGGAGGAAGAACCUAAAGGGCAAAUGCUUAAGAAAGAGGAAGUGGAGGAUAUGGAGCUGGAGACGCCUCUUGUCAAAGUGAAACAGGAACCACUGGAGGAAAGUGUGUUGAAGACGGGACCACUUUGCAAAGCCCCUCCCCUGCCUCCAUCUGUCGGACUACCAGAACUGCUAGACAGUUGGGCUCAGUGUAAAGAAGAAGAACUUAUUUUCCUGCAUCUACCCGACUCCUUGCCUGGACAGCCACCCACUCAGGAUCAGAGGCCAGUUAAAGGUGAUGUGCAGAUGGAAGAUGGGCAGGCACUUUUGGUCAAGUCGGACAAAACUCAGGAUGUACAGCAGUUGGACAGCAUGUGCUCACUAAAGGACCUAGCAGAGGGGCAGAUUGGCAAGCUUCUUGUAAGAAGAUCAGGCCGAGUACAACUUGUCUUGGGCAAAGUGUCGCUGGACGUUGCCAUUGGAACACAGUGCUCAUUCUUACAGGAGCUGGUUUCUGUGUCGGUUGGAGAGAGUCGCAUUGGUGACCUAACUGUUCUUGGACAUAUUAAACACAAACUGGUCUGCUCUCCAGAUUUUGAGACUUUGUUACAACAUAGGCAGUGAAGGAAAAUGGAAAUGCGUGUUGCCUCCAGACUGAAGUUUCCAUGCAGACACCUCGGCUUUUCCUAGAGAGUGGGGUAUCUGAAUGUGGAAGGUGUGGCGAAGCACUGUAUCAGUGACAUCAAAGCUGUUUGGUAAUGUGGACGUUUUGGAGUGAACUCCUGACGCUCUACAAGGGAGAGCCUGGCUGUGGGUUUUCAGUCUUGUUGUGCAUGACUUUCCUCCCUUUAUAGGGUUGCACUUUAAAAUAUUUAAUCAAUAAGGUACCUGGACCAAUGGCGUUGUGCCAGGCAAAACACAGCAUGCCACUUCUGUGCAUACACUGCUCUUAUUAACCUGAUUACCACUAAUAUUCACCAUAAGGUAAUAUAUUGGAGUGAGGAUUUCAAGAGGUUUUAUUGUUGAAAGCUAUUCAUGUCGACCUGUCGGGCAAGGCAGUAUUUCACCAAAGUGCAUUGAGAGCUUGAAGUGCCGGCAAAUACUUCAAAAUGUUUAGAGGAGUUGACCUUGGAUUUAUCUUUUUGCCGUUGUAAGCUUUUGCCAGUAGAGGGUGCUGUGUCCUUUAUUGUCCAUGGGUGACUUUAUCCAUUGCAUCAUUGUGCAAUUGUAAUAGGGGAAGGCUUUAUGGUGGAAAAGGUGCAAUGCUUUACUUAAAAUAAAACCUAAAAUGGUAUAAUUAAAAUGUGAACUGAUUUUUUUUUUUUUUAUUCUGAAAGGCUAAACAAAGUGACAUUCUGCUGUUGAUAGUGGGUGGAAGAGUGAUGGAGGUCAUUAACCAGUAGUAGUCUACAGCAGUCACUCUUGUUUGGAAUGGCCACAGAUUUCAGGAGGUUAGUGGAUGGAGAAACUGGAUCUGUCAAGGCCAAAGGUCACUUGAGUCACCAGAAAUGCAUGGUGGAGUAUGAAAUUCUCACAAGAUUGAAUUAAGAUUUCUGUCUUGGUAUUAAAACUUGACUAGUUAAUGAAAACAGAAUAUAGGAACACAAUUGAAAAGGUGACAUUAGAAGCGUUUUGAUGAGAACAGGCCAUUCAGCCCAAGAAAGCUUGCCAGUCUUCUAUGCCUGAUUUCUCCAAAAUUAUAUCAGAUUAAGUUUAAAAGUUGAAUGACAUUAAAUAAGAAUAUUCAUUGAGUAGUGGUCACUGAAUUACUCUAUCCAUAUAUACAGUAUUUUUGUUAUUAUUCUUACUUUGAAUUUAUUCAUAAUACAGUUUUUUUACAGAUUUGAGAACUUUACUCUGUCAUGAGAAUGAAAUAUCUAAACGUCCACAAGACCAAAGAACCAGUUAUUGACAUUUGCUGCACCGAAUAGCCUCUCUGUCAGGUUGCUUUUCAAGGAGUGGAGGUAUAGGGGGGUCCACAUAAAUUGGACUGACCUUGGAACACAGAGGAACUAUGUAAGUAAGGGCAGAGCAGGCUCUUCUUCCUUAGGACUGUAUUCCUUUAGUGCGUGAAGUAACAUCCUUCACAUCUUCUACAUCUCUGAUGGCCAGUGUGAUUUGCUGUGCAGGAGUGUGCUGGACUGGUAACAUCACUUCAAGAGAAGCCCCCUGAAUCAACAUGCUAAUUAAAUGGACAAGCUCAGUUAUAGGACACACUCUGAAACACCUGGAGAUUGUAGCAAAAGAGAGAAUGAAUACAAAACUGUGACGUGAACAAUGCUGCACAUUCUCUUUUUGACACAAUAAUACUGAGGACUAUCAGACAGCAAGUUAUUCAGCAGAAGUGUGUCAGGAAACACUAUGGGGGCUCCUUUGUACCUGCAGCAAUAUGUCUUCAUAAUGCCUCGCUGCAACUGGGACUGCAAAGUCAGAACUCUUCCUUCUUUUGAAUUUUCUUGCUUUAUAGUCAUUCUGGUGUGUGUUCAGACCAAAGUGUAUGCUUUAUUUAUUUAUUUAAAGACCUUCUGUGUAAAGCCAAAUUUCCCCCUAAGGACAAAUAAAGUUCUAUCUCUCUAAUGAA